CCAAAAUCCCCAUGUUUCCAACUUCCCUCCUCUUUGUUCAGUACCUGGUGCGGUCUUUGCAAUGAGGAAUCGUUGUCGCACUACAUGUAUACACCCAUCUAAACGUGCUCGGCGAUACUGAGCAUGCGAGCUGCCCAUCUCGAACAAUAGCGGAGUAACCCGGUUUCCGCAUCGUCGAAUUGUCCCACCAUGACUCAUCCCAAGAAUGCCCGCACUCUGGAAAGAGUGACCAGCCUCACAAGCCGCGCGAGUCGAGUGUUCCAGAAUUCCUUACCUACUUCCUCUCCUAUUGCGCAAGCAUCGCUCGCCCGAGAUCUCGCAGAAGACACCGAUUCCGAAGCUGCAGAAUCCGAGUCCGAGUCCGAAGGCUCGACUCUUCGACCUUCCACGUCUGCUCCAGGAGGGUAUUCGUUUGUGGGAUCAUAUCGUCGACCCAGCUUCGCCGGCGCAGGGAACAGAGCCACGGUCCUCCCACGGCCAUUCCCAGAGCAUGAAAGACUCUCCAGGCUUGAGAGAGAAAGAGCGUUAGAGGAGGAAAGGAGUCUCCUCCGAGACAACAACAUCAUCCCACCUAAGCACCCCCAAGCAGAAGAUGGCGGCCGAAAGAAAAGCAUAUUUAGUAUACCUGGCGGCGACCGCAAGGUCUCUCGAGAUGAAGAAGCUACACCAGCCUUAGACGGCGAACUGGGUGUCGCGUCUGAAGUUAGCCCUCUACUGGGCGAUCCAAGCCUGCCGUAUGGCGGACAAGCCGAUGCGAAGAACAUCGAAGCGAAAUGGGAAGAAGCCGUGGCUGCUGGCAUGAUCCACACCACCUGGCAACGCGAAGCCAAGGUCAUUGCCCGCUAUUCGGCUCCCUUGAUGGUGACUUUCCUCUUACAAUACUCCUUGACAGUGGCCAGUAUAUUUACAGUCGGCCACAUUGGGACUGUUGAACUUGGUGCCGUCAGUCUCGCUUCAAUGUCCGCCAACAUCACAGGCUACGCAAUCUAUCAAGGUCUAGCGACGUCGCUUGACACACUCUGCGCGCAAGCCUAUGGCUCUGGCCGCAAGAAGUUGGUAGGCCUCCAAAUGCAACGCAUGGUGUUCUUCCUGUGGACGAUCAGUAUCCCCAUCGCCAUCAUCUGGGUACUCGCCGAGAAGAUCUUGCUGGUCAUCGUCCCUGAACCUGAAGUCGCAAGGCUUGCUGGUCUGUACCUCAAAGUCGUGAUUGCAGGUGCACCGGGCUAUGCGGCGUUUGAGGCAGGCAAGCGCUACGUCCAAGCACAAGGUCUGUUUUCGGCCUCACUCUACGUCCUCCUCUUCUGUGCGCCCUUCAACGCCUUUAUGAACUGGCUGUUUGUCUGGCAACUCGAAAUGGGGUUCGUGGGCGCACCACUGGCGGUCGCCAUCACCGACAACCUCCUUCCAGUUGGUUUAUUUAUAUACGUCCGCUUCUUCUCCAAAUCCGGCAUGUCGUGCUGGAACGGAUUCACCAAGAAGGCCUUGCAGAAUUGGGGUCCCAUGGUCAAACUGGCCUUGCCCGGUGUUAUCAUGAUCGAAGCAGAGGUCCUGGCCUUUGAGAUUUUGACUUUUGCCGCCUCAUAUUUCGGCACGACCGUCCUUGCCGCUCAAUCUGUCCUCGCGACGCUUACCUCGAUCACAUUCCAGAUCCCGUUCCCCCUCUCCAUCGCCGGCUCAACGCGCGUUGCAAAUCUUAUUGGUGCCACGCUCGCCGAUGCCGCCAAAGUCAGCACGAAAGUCACGUUCUCUGCGGCCAUUGUUGUCGGCGUGCUCAAUGUCACUCUUCUGUCCACGCUGAAGGACUAUAUUCCCAGGCUAUUCACCUCGGAUCCAGAAGUCGUCCGCAUCGUGUCGGAAAUCUUGCCGCUAUGCGCUGCAUUCCAGCUCUUCGACGCCCUGGCUGCGGCGUGCAAUGGUAUCUUGCGUGGUCUCGGGCGGCAGGAGUUCGGAGGGUAUGUUCAACUGUUCUGCUACUAUGUUUUCGCUAUGCCGCUGAGCUUCGGUCUGGCAUUCGGCAAGCACUGGGGUCUCUGGGGGUUGUGGACUGGUGUGGCCCUAGCGCUGGGUCUGGUGGCGUUGAUUGAGUUUAUAUAUUUGAGUCGCACGGACUGGCAGCGUAGUGUGGACGAGGCGAGGGCGAGAAACCAAGAGGGUGGUGUCAUGUGAAGAAUGUCAAUGAGAUGCUGCGACGAAAUAAGCUGACCUAUGGGUAUUUGUACUCUUUACUGUGGACAAUGUACCUAGAAAAUCAUUUGGCCUAGGCCUCAACCUCAAA